AGGAAAAAGGGGUAUUUCAUAGUUGAGGUGCAUAUAGAGUAGACUGAAGUUAUGUGAGGAAUUUGGUGUGAGCGGUGAAGUAGCUCAUCCAGCGGCGGCCCUAUUGCACGGCGAACGGAGAACGGCGUAUGACAAAUCCUCUGUUUCGAGGUUUUCGAAGACUUGCCUUACUUUCACUUAGCAAGCCUCUCUCCUCUUCUUCUACCUCUUCCAGACCAAUUCUUGGAAAUCCAGAAAACUUUUUGCACUUGUCAAGGUUAGUGCUUAAGGAUAGGUUAAUCCAACAAAACCCCUGUUGGGAAUCAAGGAACUUUAGUCAUGGAAGAGUGGAUUUUGUGAUAACAAGAGAUGGAAAACUAAAGUUUGAGGAACAUGAAGUGGAGGCACCAAAGACGGAGAAAUGGAAGACAAAGAAGAAGCUGAAGCUGCAAAGGAAGAGGGAGAAGAAGAAGAGAAAAGCUGCCAACAAGAGAGAUCCUAGAAGACUUGGUGUUCAGGGGAAGAAGAAGAAGCAGAAGUUUGACACUGCUGAAGAAAGAAUCAAACAGAAGAUUGAAAAUGCAAAAGUCAAAGAAGCCAUGCUAAUUGAGAGACUAAAGCGAUAUGAGGUUUCCAAAGUUCAAGGUCCUGAGGUUAAGCCGCACUUUCUCACUGGUGAAGAACGAUUCUAUAUUAAAAAGAUGGCACAAAAAAAGUCUAAUUAUGUGCCAAUUGGCAAAAGGGGUGUCUUUGGAGGUGUUAUUCUUAAUAUGCAUCUACAUUGGAAAAGGCAUGAAACUGUCAAAGUCAUAUGCAAACCCUGCAAACCUGGUCAAAUUCAAGAAUAUGUUGAUGAAAUUGCAAGACUGAGUGGUGGCAUCCCGAUUCAGAUAAUUGCAACUGAUACCAUUGUUUUUUACCGAGGAAGGGAAUAUGUGCAGCCUGAAAUUAUGUAUCCUAUUGAUACACUGUCGAAGAAGAGGGCGUUGGAAAAAUCCAAAUAUGAGCAAUCACUAGAGUCUGUGAGACAUUUCAUUGCCAUUGCUGAGAAGGAACUUGCACUCUACUAUAGACAUGUUGCCCUAUACGAUGACCCAAAUAAUCAGAGUUCUUACUCCAUCCUUGAUGAUUCAAGAAGCACAAGUGAAAAACGAAAUGAUGAAAUAGGAGAGGAGAACUAUUCAGCAGGCGAAUCUAUUUCCUCGGAUCUCGAGUUACCUCAAAUUGAUGAUUAUUGUUCUGAUGACAAACAAUCUUUAAGCGAAUUUGAAUUUGAGGAUACUGACGAAUCAAGUAGUGAUGACUUGGAUUCUGGGGAGGAGGAAACUAGUAAUUACUGAGGUAGCAUAUGGGGAAAUAUUUCAAUAUUGAGACCUGAAAUAAUGUGGUUUUAAUUCUUGAUCUGAUAAUUGAGGGAUUGGAAUAGAAUAGGCCUUUUCAAUUCUAAAUCUUCUGUUUGGUUAUCCUGAAAUUGGCACAGAAAUUGGAAUUUGAUCUUUAAUUUGUUUGACGCAAUUUCAUGAGCUAAUUCUAUAGCUUAGGUUAAAAUUUAUUAUUCUUAUUUUAAUAUUUGACCUUUUCAAUUGGUUUGCUUGUAUUGACACUAGACUCUAACAAGAACCAUUACUCGUGAGGUUAUCUAGGGGUUCCUCCCCUUGUGUUGGCAACAAGCUGACCUGAUUGGCUUAGUGUUGAUGUUUGUAACUUAAUGGUAGAAUUUUACUUUUAUAUCUUCGAUUGAUGGUUGAAGGACUUCUUUAAAGCUUCUACAAAAUCUUUGUGGGCAAAUCCUUGAUACAGAUUUAUUUGAUUUCGAUGGCACAUGCUUCACUCCUGCAGAACUACAAUAAAUGGCAUUCAGGUUGGUUGAAGAGAAGGGCCAGAUAUUUUCCUG